CCAGCGCGAGACCCAGGGACAGCUCGGGAGGGUCGGAGCCAGCGCGAGAUUCGGGAGCCAGCACAAGGCAGAGGUGUGGACCUGAGGCAACCCACGUGUGCCCCCCGGUCUCGAGCUUUGCCCAGCUAUAUGAAAUAUGGGAGACGACAGGCCGUUUGUGUGCAAUGCCCCCGGCUGUGGACAGAGGUUUACAAACGAGGACCACCUGGCGGUUCAUAAACACAAGCAUGAGAUGACAUUGAAAUUUGGUCCUUCUAGAACCGAUUCAGUCAUCAUAGCAGAUCAGACUCCGACUCCAACCCGUUUUUUGAAGAACUGUGAGGAGGUGGGGCUCUUCAAUGAAUUGGCCAGUUCCUUUGAGCACGAGUUUAAGAAAGCCACAGAGGAUGAUGAGAAAAAGAAUGCUGGACCUCUGGACAUGUCUCUGCCCUCAACCCCAGACGUCAAAAUAAAAGAGGAGGAGCCAGUUGAGGUGGAUUCUUCUCCUCCAGACAGUCCUGUAUCCAGUCCGCAAUCCCCACAGAUCAAAGAGAAGGAGAUCACUUCAAAGCCUGUUAUAAUUUCUACUCCUACUCCAACCAUCAUGCGUCCAGGGUCACUGCCACUACAUUUGGGAUAUGACCCGCUACAUCCCACUCUCCCUUCCCCGACCUCUGUCAUCACCCAGGCUCCACCUUCCAACAGACAGCUUGGGUCUCCCACGGGCUCCCUCCCACUUGUCAUGCACCUUGCGAACGGACAGACCAUGCCUGUCCUCCCUGGCCCUCCUGUACAGAUGCCUUCUGUUAUAUCGCUGGCUAGGCCAGUGUCCAUGGUGCCCAACAUUCCGGGUAUUCCUGGUCCACCCAUCAACAGCAGUGGUUCCAUUUCACCAUCAGGCCUUCCAAUGCACUCUGAGGCUAAAAUGAGACUGAAGGCCAGCCUGACGCACCAGGUUUCUUCCUCACUGAAUGGCAGCAGCAUGGUUGUGGGGUCAGCAAGCACGAUGGUGACCUCACGUCCAGAGCAGGGUCAGAUACUUCUCCAGCACCCCGAUGCACCUUCUCCAGCUCAGCCACAGGUUUCCCCUGCUCAGCCCACACCUAGCACCGGUGGCAGGCGGAGACGCACGAUGGAUGAAGACCCGGAUGAGCGCAGGCAGCGUUUCCUGGAGCGGAACCGUGCUGCAGCCUCUCGUUGCCGUCAGAAACGCAAGCUGUGGGUGUCUUCUCUGGAAAAGAAAGCAGAGGAGCUCACGACACAGAACAUACAGCUGAGUAAUGAAGUUACACUACUGAGGAAUGAAGUUGCUCAACUUAAACAGCUACUGUUGGCUCACAAGGACUGCCCAGUCACUGCACUACAGAAAAAAACACAGGGGUAUCUUGAAAGCCCAAAGGAGAGCUCUGAGCCUACCGGUUCCCCUGCUCCUGUCAUCCAGCACAGCUCCGUGACAGCAUCCCCCAACGAGCUCAACGUCCGCUCUGCAGCUGAAGCUGUUGCCACUUCGGUCCUCACUCAGAUGGCAAGCCAAAGGACAGAACUGAGCAUGCCCGUACAGUGGCACGUCAUUAUGGCUCCACAGUCUCAGUCUGCUGGCAGAUGAUGUCACAAACCACGUGACAAAGAACUAACCCAUAAGAACGUGCAGACCGAGAGACUGAUCAUAGCUAAGUCCCUGCUUAGUGGGGGCAGAUAUGGAUUUUUUUUUUUUAAAGUGAGUUAAGGGCAGCUAUGGAAGCUUCUUUAUACUGCAUAUCCUAUACAGAUCCUGGCCCAAAACCAUUGUCAUGUGAUCACCUGUCCGUACAGGAUGGCUUCAGAUUGAGGGAUUUUUUGAUCCCUUAGUGAUGGUCAAUCAGCUUGCAGAAUCAUCAGAACACAAAGAGCCUCAUUUGAAUGCAUCUUGAAAGGUUCAUUUUCAGGUAUCAAUUACGUUAACACUAAACCUCCCCUGGCUUGUGGUUUCUCUUGGCAUUAUUGCUAUUUUCAGUUUCACCUGUUAGCAAAGGAAAGUAGCUGUUGGGAGGCUGUGACGUUUACUGGUGCUGUCACUUUAUUUUUAACAGCUUGCUGCUUCCAAUCAUCUGUUUCCCCAUCACUGCUCUAGCUGACCUGAAAUGUUGCACCUUGGCACAAGAAUACUGGCCGAGUUUUCCACUCGGGCUAUUGAGAUUAAAAAGGCUGAGGCUAAUGGGCUUCCUAACUCCAUGGGUUUCACUUCCCUGACACCAAAGCUUUCUGGUUCUGAAGCAAGCCUGGCACCUCUAAUUCACAUGCAAUUAACCAUCAUUAACUGCUGUAACUUGUGGGGGUUUUAAGUAUGUGUUCGCAGUCACUGGUGCAGCAGUCAGAACUGUGAACAUUUCACGUGCUUCUCUUUUAAUUGACGCCAUAGCUGCUAAUGAUGCAGGUUCCUUCUUCAGAAAAGGGCCUACUUAUAAAUCUUCCAUACAACAGUAAAGCAGCACCGAGCUGCUGUCUGCCAGGACUGCGUGCAAAGCUGCUCUGUGUGAUGCAUGAAAGGAUGAGCUGGGGCAGAUGGAUAUAAUGCGAGUCCUGGAAUUAACCGGCUACAAAAUCCACUACCCAUCUCAACAAGUCAUGAAUUUAACAAACAAACCCCACACAUGUCAAAGGAUUAUCUCCCGUACAUUUAACCUGAUGACCUUAUAAAGUGGUGGCCUUGAACGAAGGGAGGUGGAAGCAUAUCCCACUUGCCUGGCCUUUUACCUCUUUUAAUGGUUUUCUUCUGCUCCUGGUAGUGGUAUAUCUAUUGCUUUUCCUCAAGAG